AUGGUGGGAUCAGGUUCUUCAGGUGGAGAUCUACGAACUCCACAGUUUGAUGGUGCAAACUAUGAUUUUUGGGCUGUCAAAAUGGAGACCAUCCUCAUAGCACAUGAUCUAUGGGAUGUAGUUGAGGUCAGAGUAAAACCUCAGCCAGUUAUUGAGGAGGAAGAAGACUCUGGAGGUGAAGGAAGUGAAGCUGAGCAAAUUCCAGCGAAAGCACCUACUAUCUCCAGAGAAGACAUAAUCAAAAAUGCCAAGGCACUGAGUCUCAUUCAAGGAGCCUUAACUGAUGAGCUCUUCCCUCGCAUCAGAAAUGAAAAGACUGCAAAAGGAGCUUGGGAUGUCUUGAGGAGAGAGUUCAGAGGAGAUAAAAAGGUAAGAGCUGUAAAACUUCAAGCUGUUAGAGCAGAUUUUGAGUAUAUGAGAAUGACUGAUGGUGAAAGCUUAGAUAGCUAUUUGGCUAGAUUUUUUGGAACUGUGAAUAAUCUGAAAUCUCUUGGUGAAGAUGUGACUGAAACAAGAAUUGUGCAAGAACUUUUGAUGAGUCUAAGUAGAAAAUAUAAAUCCAUUGUGUCUAUCAUUGAAGAAACUCGAGAUCUUGAUGUUCUUAGAGUUGAAGAAGUUAUUGCAUCUGUCAAAGUUUAUGAUAAAAGGGAAGACCUGCAUGAUGAAAGAGAUAAAGUGGCUGGAACUGAGAAAGCUUUUAGUAGCCUCAAGGUUGGAAAUAACCAAGUUCAUGGCUCUAAUAAGGGCUCACAGAGUAGACCAAAUCAAAAGUGGCAGGGACAAGACAAAAAGGGAUCAAAUUGGUCUCAAAAUAACAAUGGCUCAAGCUGGAAUAACAAUGCUGGAGGAAAUUGGAACAAUAGUUUUAAUUCUCAGAACAAGCAAGGUAGCAGCAGUCAAGGAAGUGUGAAACCACAAUGCCAAGUCUGUCAAAAGUAUCAUUUUGGUGUGUGCAGGCACAAAGGCAAACCUAGAUGUGGAAAAUGUAAUAGGUUUGGUCAUACUGCAAAAGACUGUGAAGGCAACAAGCAGGUGGCUAACUGUGCAAAGGAGGAAGAGGUAAUCACAGGCACCAUGUUCUAUGCUUGCCACUCUGCAAGUGUGAAAAAUGGAAGUGUAUGGUUUGUGGACAGCGCCUGCAGCAACCACAUGACUUCUCAAGAGUCUGUGUUAAUAAACAUUGACAGGACUGUGACUUGCAAAGUUAAAAUGGGCACUGGAGAUCUUGUACAAGCAACUGGAAAAGGCACUCUAGUAGUUGAAACUCAACAUGGGAAAAGUUAUUUUUGA